UUUUCCCUCCUUGUUGUAAACCGGUUUUCCCCCGUGAGUCCCUCCCCCCUUUCCAGAUACAACCGGAGUGAACCACUAGAGCCCGUUGGUGUGGAUAAACUGGUUAAAGUGGACUUUGUGAAAGGUUUCACCUCAGACGUUUCUCUCUUAGCUAAGAAUGCUAAUUGAAGCUAGCGUAGCUUGCUAGCUGGAAAUAGACGGAACUCAGCCACACAGAGCUCGUCGGUGGAGACUAAACUGCGUUUUUUCAUUGAAACAAAAUGUCUCCAUAAACCUCUCCGAGUGGACUCUGUGUCGGAAAACAUCCGGAUUGUCUCCUGGUGUCCUACGGAGCUAAUUAAGUUAGCAUGCUAGCAGGAAGUUUGUCUGGAUGGAAAGAUUCUGUGAUUAAGUAAAAAUGUCUAAAGCACAAAUACUGAGAUCUUUAGUCAACCAGCGACUCACUGCAGCUGCUGAAGAGAUAUUUGAGCUGUUUGAAAGAACGAUAGCAGAGCACGAGGAGGAACUUUCUCGUUCCAAAGAGGAGAACGAGCGACAACGGAAACUCCUGGACGCUGUUUUCAACCCUGAAGUCCGGAUUCAAAGAGCAGACGCUCAGCAGCUGUUGGUGGUUAAAGAAGAGGUUCCCCCUGAGCAGCAAGAGUGGAGCUCCAGUCUGGACCAGCGGGGCCCAGAGCCCUCACACAUUAAAGAGGAACAGGAGGAACUCUGGACCAGGAGGGAGGGAGAACAGCUUCAAGGUCUGGAGGAGGCUGAUAUCAAGUUCUCAUUCACUCCUGUGAAGAGUGAUGAUGGUGAUAAGGAGGACGUUCAGUCCUCACAGCUUCAUCAAAGACAAAUUGAGGAAAACAGAGAGGAAGAGCAUUUACAACCAGCUGCUGAUGGGACUUCACACUACUUUGAACCUGACACUGAUGACAGUGGAGAUUGGGAGGACACUCGGGAACCUCAGUCAGAUUUAAACCCUCAGAAAAACAAUGAAAUACCUGUAAGUGAAAUCAACUGUAAAACUGAAAACGCAUCAAUUGGCUCGUCUGAAUGUGCUGGAAGUUUUGGCAACAAGGGACAUCUGAAGAAACACACUGGAAUCCAAUCAGGAGUGAAACCAUUUCAAUGCUCAGUUUGUGGCAAAACAUUUGUAUUCGUUAGUACUCUUAACAGACACUUGACUGUCCACACAGGGGAGAAACCAUUUAGUUGUUCAGUUUGUGACAAAAAAUUCACGCGAGAGCAAAAUCUGAAACAACAUUUCACUGUCCAUACAGGGGAGAAACCAUUUAGUUGUUCAGUUUGUGGUAAAAGAUUCACUCAAAAGGGGGAUCUGGGAAGACACUUAACUCUCCACACAGGGGAGAAACCAUUUAGUUGUUCAUAUUGUGGUAAAACAUUUGCACAAAAGGGAAACCUGACAAAACACAUGACUGUCCACACAGGCGAGAAACAGUUCAGUUGUUCAGUUUGUGAUAAAAGAUUCACUCAAAAAGGGGCUCUCAGGAGACACAUGAUUGUCCACACAGGAGAGAAACCAUUUAGCUGUUCAGUUUGUAGUAGAGAAUUCACACUAGAGCAGAAUCUGAAACGACAUUUGAUUGUCCACACAGGGGAGAAACAAUUUAGUUGUUCAGUUUCUGGCAAAGAAAUCAUACUAAAUCCACAUCUGAGACAACAUUUGAUGGUCCGUACAGUGGAGAAAAAAUUCAUUUGUUCAAUUUGUGGUAAGAGAUUCACUCAAAAGGGGGAUCUGAGACGACACUUAUUUGUCCACACAGGAGAGAAACCAUUUAAUUGCUCAAAUUGUAGUAAAAAGUUCACACUAGAGCAAAAUCUGAAACGACAUUUGAUGGUCCACACAGGGGAGAAACCAUUUAGUUGUUCAUAUUGUGGUAAAAGAUUUGCACAAAAAGGAAACCUGACACAACACAUGACCGUCCACGCAGGUGAGUAGCCACUUAGUUGUACAGUUUGCGAUCAAAGAUUAUUUUGUCUCAAAAAUCACAGGUGUAUUGGUGAGGGUAUCAGAAAUAAAUGAGACACGGUUAAACACUUCAAAACUGGCUGAUAGACUGCAGAAUAAGUUUGUUCAGCUAAGAUGAAGCUACACAUUAAUUUAAUAACACAAUUGUGUUGGUAUUUGUCUCUGUAAUAUUUUGUCCUUUUUAAUGUGUCAUGUAUUUAUUAAUAAUUGUUUUAAAUUAUUUAUUAUUAAGUAUUUUAUUUCCCCUAUACAGCACUAAGGUUUGAGCUGAAUCAUCAUAGGUGAUGAAACUGAGGCAAAUAUUUAACCUUCUUUUUCUUGAGCAACAUUUUCUCUCCAGUUUAAAUUCAUUACUUCAUUGAUUUUGCUUUAAACUGUAAUUUUGUGCCAUAAUUGAAGUAUGACUUCAUUGAACAAAUGAAUUACAGCCAAGCUAGGCCUGUUUAUAGUAAGAAUCUGACACUUGCGUUAACCAACUUAAUAGUCUGUGUAUUACGUUAAUGUAGAAUGCUUGUUGGAAUAUUGUUUAGGCUAUUCACUGGUCUGGUGAAAAGGAACGGACGACUCUUCAUCCCAGGGACUGAAAUCAAGGGAACCGGGCGCUGAGGUCGAUGGGUCACUUGGAUGAAGUGCAACAUACAUUUUCAAAUUGCAUGACUUUACAUUUCUACUCCACUAUAUUUCAGAGAGAAAGAUUGUGCUAC